GCGGUUUUAUCCCCAAAUUUCCCCCUCUGAAACCCCUAAAUUUUCACUUAAAACAUUUUUCGUUAGACAGAAGUGAGGAGAGACUGUGUGUGGAAAUAUAGAGUCAGAGAGGCAUGGAGACUGCCAUACGUGGUAGAUUAUCUCUCUCACCUAACACCGUCUUUAAUCCUAAACCAGGUUUUCUUCCUAGUUCAUUCUCUAUGUAUGCUAUGAGCCUCUCAUCAGGGUUAUUUCUACUUGAGAAACCUGCAUGGGUUGUUGCUGUUGCAGCUGUGGGUGUAAUCCUAUUGGCCAUUUUCAAUCUUGGCAUUUCUUCCACUGACCUUCUACUCUUUAGAUAAACAAUUCAAACAAGCAUUUCUUUCUGGUGCUGUCACCUCAAUAGCUCUUCUUGCACUCUCCAUACUCGUUGAUCACUGCUACUACCAACGAUGGACAUCAUCUGUUUUUAAUCUCUUAGUAUAUAAUGUAUUAGGAGGUGGCGAGAGCCAUUUGUAUGGGACUGAGGGGCCACUUUUUUAUAUAAGGAAUGGGUUUAACAACUUCAACUUCUGUUUCAUCCUUGCUUUGCUUUUCCUGGGAAUUCUGCCAAAUUGCAAGAAAAAAGUAUGCCCCUGACUUGUUUAUUGUAAUCUCUCCUCUUUAUAUAUGUCUAGCAUUUAUGUCUCUGCAGCCGCACAAAGAAGAAAGAUUCCUUUAUCCCAUAUACCCUCUUGUUUGUGUUGCUGCUUCUGCUGUCAUUGAGAGUUUUACUGAUCUUUUCCGAGACAAAUAUAAUCCCUACGAUAAUUCUAUUAUAGUUAUGAUGGCCAAAUUUCUUAGACCUGUGGCCCUGAGCCUCAUAUUAUGUGCCUCACAUUCACAUACAUUCUCAUUGAUCAAUGGCUAUGCUGCUCCAAUGGAGGUUUACAAGAUCUUGGAGCACCAUGAUGAUGCAGGAACUGUGCUUGAAAAUUAAGUGCAAGUUGAUGUGAAUGACAAUGUCCUGGAGAUCAUAUGGGAAGAUAAUAAUUAAAACAUGGAGGUUACAGGGAUGAUAAGGAGAAGGAAGAGUUGGACUUUAAGGGUAAAAAUGUGUCAAAUCUAGUGAGUCAGGUGACCGAGAUUCCGUUUAACAAUUUUCUUUAUUGCUGGAACAACUCUUAACCAAGAUCAAGAUCAAAGUACUUCACUAAGUUAUAUAUGCAGGCAUUGCAAUGAGAGGUGAUGAUGAUUUGGCAUUAUAUUUUCACCAGGAUGAAUUUUGUUUUAGAAAUUGUAAUACUUUGUGUGUCUCUCUCUGUGUGUGUUUUUUUAUGUAUUAAAUUACAUAUUGAAUCAAUGUUUAUGUAUUAAAUUUAAAUUUAUUAAUUUUUAUAUUUAGUUUUGAAGUUUAAAUUUUAAUGGAAAA